CACUCUGAGUCGCUUCUUUCUGUCCCUUUUCUCUUUUCCUGUUGCUCCUUUAGUUGCUGGGACGGCCCUUGCCUGUGCUGUCCACACACGCUGGGACUAGCCGCCUGCUGCCCCCAUGGAGGCAGGGUCUGCUGGAGUUGUCGUGCUGACGCAGAUCAUACCCCAACAUCCUUCGUCAGCCUCCUCUGCCCCACCCCGGCCCCUGCGGAAGUUCUUCCAGGGGGAGCCGCUGGCUCUGGGGAUCACACAAAUACUGACAGGCAUUGUACAAGUAGCUUUCGGUACCAUCCUGAUCCUGGCGGAUAACCACUACCUAUUUGCGAUACAAGUGGGGACCCCCCUGUGGACUGGGAUGCUGUACAUCAUUUCGGGGUCCCUCUGUGUAGAGGCUUCCAAGAACCCCAAAAUUUCACUGAUGAAGGGUAUGCUGGCUAUGAAUAUCCUCAGUGCCAUCAUGGCCGGAGUGGGCAUCAUCCUCUCUUCCUUGUCGCUCGUGUUCCACGCAUACCGAUCCUGCUCCUGGACUGAGCAUUACACGUCCCGUGCCCCAGCCUGCCAAGUGCCCCUGGAUACCGUGUUCGGGGUGGCCAUGAUUCUCUUGAUCUUCACCAUCCUGGAGUUCUGUGUCUCCAUCUCGAGCGCCACCUUCGGGUGCAAAACCCUCUGCCGGGACAGCUACAGUGACACGUCUGUGGUGAUUUAUCAGAACAUGGGGCCCCCAUCUGCUCUUGCUGACAUCGCUCCCAAAAGCCCACCCCCUUACCAGGACACCCAGACCCCCUGAGCUGUACCCCAUGCCAGCUGCUGCCAAUCCCAGCGACGGGGAGCUGCUGCCAGUCCUUCGGUGGCCCCCAUUGGGCAGUACAGCUGGGCCAGCAUUUGGGUAGCGAUAACUGGGGCUUGCUCCUGAUGGUGCCAUUUAUACUAAUGGUGCGACAGCUUCAGCUUUAAAGGGACGGCAUGAGGCUACGUCCUGCAAAUUACAGCUUGUCUGUCUGUCUCUUUGCCCUGCCAACAAGAUCUGAUUCCUCCCUGCUGCACCUUCACCCCCCAGCCCAAUAAAUGUGUUUCAUAGGGUCAGA